CACAAUUUUUUAUCUAGCACUUAGUACUAUGAAAAUUAUUACUAACCCACUAACGUGUUUACCUAAAUUUUCUAUAUUUUUAAUAGUUAAUAAACUCUGUUCCAUAUCAUAAUAUUAUUUUUAUAUUUAUACAAUAAACAAAUGUUAUCUAAUUAUAAAAAUGAAAAAUAAAAAUAUAAAAUUAUUGUCAUUGUGUUAAAAGUUGUUUUGUUCAUGGCAAACAAGUGAUUGAUUAUCAUAUCAGCUACUUUUUCCUGUUAAAAUUUUAUCAUUUCCGUCAAAUGUGAAACUAGGUUAAUAUUUUUUUCAAUAAAAUACUUAUCAUUACAAAUAUAAAUGAUAAAUUUGUCAACAAUACAAGAUGAUGAAAAUAAACUUGAAGUUAUAAAAAAAGCAAUUAUUAAAGAUUAAAAAAUUAAUUAACAAUUAUGUUUUUGAGAUGGUCAAAAUUAAUUGAACAAUUUGGCAAAGGUCCAUGUGUAGUUGUUAUAUUUCUUCCAUGUCUUUUAAUAUGUACCUUGUAUUUGAUAUCAGAAAAAUAUCAAGAUGACUACGAAAUUUUCGAAAACAAUAUUAAAGAUGAAGUCGUUGAUGGCUACUUGGUAUGGAAUCAAAAGUGCCACAUGUUAUCAAAAGAUCCACUGGAUCCAACAAUCAAAAAAUUUGUUAGUAAAUUAAAAUUCGAAUCAUGCUCAAACAAACCACUUUUAAGUUCAAUUAAAAAACAAUCAAAUGGUAAAUUUUCAUUAGUUGUUGAUAAAAAUGUUGCCAAAAGUUAUAAACAAUUUACAUGUUGCUGGACACCAAUUAGCAGAACAAUACCAAAGCUACCACCAACUGGUGAAUGGGAUACACAAAUUGAUAUUGGUGAAUGUGAAGAUUUUGAUGGUGCUAUUGAGCUUGCACCUGAAUUAGAAAUUGUCAUGAUAUCAUGUAGACAAAAACAUACAUCAAAAUUAUCAAAGUCAUCAGUUGUUUAUGAAAAUAUUCAUGCAAUAAUAAAUCCAUUAAAAGUAAAAGAUAAAUUAACUAAAUCAUCAGUUAAAAAUUCAACAUUACCAACAAAAAAUCAACAAAAAAUGAGUGUACUUAUGUUGGGCGUUGAUAGUGUAUCACGUCUUAAUUUUCAUCGAACCCUGCCAAAAACAUUGAGCUAUCUAAAUGACAAUGAAUGGUAUAAUUUAAAAGGUUACAAUAAAAUGGGUGAAAAUACAUUUCCAAAUUUAAUGGCUAUUCUAACUGGUCAAGAAUCUGAUACAGCAUAUGAAAGAUGUAAACCGCAUGAAGCAUUUGGUCUUAAUAAUUGUCCAUUUUUAUGGAAUAAUUUUCGUAACAUUGGCUAUGUAACAGCAUACGGUGAAGACACUGUGCCAAUAAGUACAUUCAAUUAUUUGAAAACUGGAUUUUGGUCACCACCAACAGAUUACUAUAUGCGCCCAUACAUGUAUGCAAGUGAAAAAUUACUCAAAAUUAAAAAACGUUUUAGAGAAAAUUAUUGUACAGGUCCAGAGCUAGCAACUGAUCGUAUAUUUAAUUAUGCUAUUGAUUUUGCCAAGACAUUUAUGAAUAAACCAUAUUUUGGUUUUUUCUGGACAAACACAAUAAGCCAUGAAGACAUGAAUGGACCAUCAUCAAUGGAUGAACAUUUUUUACAAAUGUUUAGGGACAUUAAUGACAGUGGUAUUAUAAAUGAUACAAUAAUAAUAUUUUUAAGUGAUCAUGGUACCAGAUGGGGUGGUAUGCGUGAUACACUUGUUGGCUGGCAAGAAGAAAGGCUACCAUUUAUUUAUUUACAUUUACCAAAAUGGAUUGAUGACAAUGCAAAUAUAUUUCAAGCAUUGAGAUUAAAUGAGCACAGAUUAACAUCUCCAUUUGAUAUUUAUGAAACACUACGUGAAGUGUUGAUUAAUUCUGGUGGUUAUGCUGAUAAAAGUAGUGGAUGUUUGAAUUGCCAAAGUGUAUUUAAACCGGUACCAAUAACACGUGGCUGUGAUGAUGCUGGCAUCUCACCACAUUGGUGUGCUUGUAAUGCAUAUGAAGAAACUAGUAAAAAUAAUAAAAUUGCAUAUUAUGGUGCCAAUAUGUUUAUUGAACAUGUUGAAAAUAUUAUUAAACAUUAUAAAAACAACAAGGGUCAACGGCUUUGUGCAAAAUUGAAAAUUAAAAAAAUAAUAAGAGUUGAUAAAAUUAUUGGUCUUAAUAAUAAUGAUACAAUUAAUGGUGAUAAUAUUGAAGGAUAUUUUUAUCUCGUUGAAGUUACACCAGGCGGUGGUAAAUUUGAGCUAUCAAUGAGACGUGAUGAAAAUGGUAAAUACACCAUUAAAAAUGAAGAAAUUGGAAGAAUUAAUUUUUAUCAAGAUGCUUCCAAAUGUCUGGAUCAUGGAUCUAAAAGAUUUUGUUAUUGUUUGAAACAAUGAUUGAUAUUUCAAGAUGAUAAAAUUGUAUACAAUAGUUUGUUUAAUAUUUUUAGAUAAAUUAUAACAGUUGCAGUAUUUUAUUAUAAAUAUAUUUAUAGUUAUUAAAUAAUGUUCUAAAAGAAAAAAAAAUGACAAUAUCACAAAUAGUCACUUAUUAAUAAUAAUUCCAUUAAAAAAAAAAUAUAUGUAUUAUUAUUUUUAGUUUAACCAAUCAAAUGUAGAAUAAAUUUUUAUAAAUAAAAUAAUUGGAUAUUUUUAAAUAUUAAAAAAGAAAAUUUAGCAUGUUAUUUCCAACUCAAAAGUGUCAUGUAAUGAUUAACAAAUGAAAAUAAUUCCGGCAACAAAAACAUCAACGUUGUAAGGUAAUAAGUAUGAGCAAAAGAAGAAAGAAAACUAGUUACAAAAAAAACAAUGCAAACAUUAACAAAAAAAAAUAAACUGCAAAGUUUACACUUUUUUUUUGAUUGUGGCUAAAUUUAUUUUUUUAAAAUGCGAUGAUUGUAUUUUUUUUUGUACAAAUUUUGCAGUUUAAUUUUUUCAAUGAUAUACGAUAGGAUUAUUCUGCAACACAGCAAAAAUAAUUUUCAGUCAGUGGAUAUAUGUCGGGGUAAUAAGACCGAGUACUCUCCACAUAAUCAUCAUCAUUUAUCACUUGGUAAACGACAAUUUAAAAAUUUUCAUUAAUAAAAAUAAUAAACUUAAAAUAAAAUUUCA